CUCUUCCUCAGGGGCUGACAGUAUGAUAUCCUCAUGACACAGAGAGAAAUGCGCCUUCAUAAGCCAUAACACACUUAGCAUACUUCCAUUUGGCAAGAAGAAAAAUUAUCUGCAAACCUGCAGCAACUGGAAGAUGCUAUGACUCCCAUUGUCACAGUCCUUCUGUAUCUUGGACCAAGCCUGGUCUCCGGGAACCCAGCACUGUCAGCUGCCAAUUUUCUUGCAGGGGCCCUCUCUAAACCCACAAUCCAGAUGGUGCCAAGCAAUGUGGUAACCAGUGGGAACCCGGUGACCAUCUUCUGCGAAGGGCCCUUACAUGCCAAGGAAUAUCGCUUCUACAAAGAAGGAACUGAAGAUUACUGGAUGCCAACAACCCUUCUAGAAACUGAGAAAAAAGCCGGAGUCUAUAUUUCAUCAGUUCAAUGGAACAAUGCAGGCCGAUAUUGCUGUUCCUAUAAAAACCUCACUAAUAUGUCAGAACAGAAAAGUGACAUCAUGGAACUUGUGGUGACAGGAGUUUACCAAGGCAGAGUCACCCUGUUGGCCAUUCCCAGGACUGCUGUGACCUCAGGAGAGCACGUGACCCUUCAGUGUUUCUCACAAGUGGCAUAUGACAGGUUCAUUCUAGUGAAGGAAGAUGAGAAGUUCUCCAUGGCUGGGCCAGCAAGGAAUACAUACCCUGGGAGAUUCCAGGCCAUGUUCACAGUGGGUCCUGUGACUCCCAACCAGAGGUGGAGGUUCACAUGCUAUGGACAUUACUCAAGUAAUUCGCAGCUAUGGUCAGUUCCCAGUAACCACCUAGAGCUCUUGGUCUCAGUGACCCUCCAGAAACCCUCCAUCUGGGCUCAUCCAGGCUCUGUAAUGACCUUGGGUAGCCCUGUGACUAUCUGGUGUGAGGGGAGCCAAGAAACCCAAGAAUAUGUGCUAUACAGAGAAGGAAGCCAAGAGUCCUGGUACAGGAAGGUAGAAAAGGACAACAAUAAGGCAAAUUUCACCAUCCCGUCUGUGUCACAACUGAAUGCAGGACAAUAUCACUGUUACUCUUACUCUUCUUUCGGGUCGUCAGAACUCAGUGACACCCUGGAACUGGUGGUUACAGGAGUCUGCAAAAAGCCUACCCUUACAGCCCUAGAAAAUCCUGUUGUAAACCUGGGCACAUCUGUGACAGUCUUGUGUUCUUCAACUGAAAGAUUUAACUGGUUCGUUUUAACUAAGAAUGAUCAGAAGAUUUUCCAGUCCUUUCAUCUCCAAAGUACAUAUACUGGGAUGUAUGAGGCGAGUUUCAAAGUGGGACCAAUAACCUCAGGCCAAAGGUGGAGAUUCAGCUGCUUUGGCUAUGGAACAAGCAAUCCUCAGGUGUGGUCAGAAGCCAGUGACCCGCUGGAGCUCCUGGUCUCAGGGACCCUCAAGAAACCCACCUUGGGGGCUAAUCCAGGUUCUGUGAUCACCUCAGGGAAUUCUGUGGCCAUUUGGUGUAAGGGAACCAUGGAAACCCAAAUAUAUUUCCUGUAUAAAGUAGGAAGCCCAGCACCCUGGGCCACACAAAUUCCAAAGAAGCCUGGUAACAAGGCCAUGUUCUCCAUCGCUUCCAUACAAAGCCGCAAUGCAGGGCGAUAUCGCUGUUACUGCUACAACUCUGCUGGGUGGUCACAGCACAGUGACAUACUGGAGCUAGUGGUGACAGGUGUCUACCAUGACAAACCUACUUUGUCAGCCUUGCCCAGCCCUGUGAUGACCUCAGGUGGGAAUGUGACCCUCAGGUGUGUCUCAUCAAAAAGAUAUGAUGGGUUCCUUGUGACUGGGAAAGAUCUGAAGUUCUCCAUGUCUCAAAAGGCACAGUUUAUACACACGGGACAGUUCCAGUCUCUGUUUCCUGAGAUCCCUGUGGCAUCCAGAAAGAGUGGGCCCUUUACUUGUUAUGGGUACAAUACAAGUACUCCACAGGUGUGGUCAGUGGCCAGUAACCCUCUGCAGAUACAUGUUUCAGGGCUGUCAAGAAAGCCCUCCCUGCUGAAUCAGCAAGGCCCUGUCCUGGCCCCUGGAGAAAACCUGGCCCUCCUUUGCUACUCUGAGAUCAGUUAUGACAGAUUUGUUCUGUCUAAAGAGGGUGGAAGUGACCUCCCCCAACUCUCUGUGCAUCAGCCACAGACUGGACAUUUUCUUGCCAACUUUUCCUUUGGCUCUGUGAAUUUCUCCAUUGGUGGCAGGUAUAGAUGCCAUGGUGCACACAACUUCUCUUCUGAGUUGUCAGCACCCAGUGACCCUCUGGACAUCUCGAUCACAGGACAUAUUUCUGUCACUCCAAUUCUCUCAGUGCAUCCAGGCACCAAUGUGUCCUCAGGAGAGAAUGUGACCCUGCUCUGUCAAUCAUCAAUUCCAGUGGACACUUUCUUUCUGUUCAAGGAAGGUGCUGCCCAUCCCUACGUGCACCAAAGAUCAGAGUUCCAAGAUCCACAACGUAAGGCAGUAUUCUCCAUGAGUGCAGUGACCCCGGCCCUUGGGGGUACCUAUAUGUGCUUUGUUUCUCAAAGCUCAUCCUCUUACCUGUUGUCAUACCCCAGUGUUCCUGUGGAGAUCAAAGUAUCAGAACUGGAAAGGUACCAGAAGUUGCCAGUCUGGAUGCCCAUAACCGUCAUCAUACUCCUCUUCCUGAUCCUCUUCUUUCUUCUACUUACAUUCAAGCAUCAGAAUAAGCACAAGAGGAGAGUCCAGCAAAAGACUGACUUGAAACAUCCUGAAGAAGCUGCAGAGCCAGGGAGCAUGGUUAGAUGCCUCCAGAAAAGAUCCAGUCCAGAUCCUGCCAACCAGGAAGAAAUCUUGUAUGCUACUGUGAUGAUCCGAAAGCCAACAGACAGCUUGGAGCUAGACACUCUGAGCCGACGUGAGGAUGACCCCUCCAUGCACUUGUAUGCCCAGGUGAAACGUUCCAGAAGGGCAGAGACCACCUCUCCUUCCCUUUUGCCAAAGGAAUUACUGGAUUCAAAUUACAGACAGGCAAAUGAAGGCCAAGUGAUAGACAAACAGGCUAAUCCAUCCAAGGAGCCUCAUGUUGUGACCUACGCCCAGCUGUGCAUGGCUCCGAAACGAGGGCAGGUGAAGCUCCCACUGUCCAAGCAGAGGAUUCUCACCUCACACCCUCCACUGGUGGUUACCAGUCCAGGGAGAUCUACAGUUCCCCCCUGAGGCCCUCCGCUGGUGGCUACCAGUCCAGGAAGAUCUACAGUCUACAUCCUGUGAACAAGAGAGGACACAGGCAUGUCAAAAAACAAGAUCUGCCUCAAGUGCUCAGCCAUUUUGCAGCUAUAACCUGUCUUGUCUAGGAGAUUCUGAGAUCUUUGGGGACUCACCUGAUUCUGUAGCCAGAGACAUGUCCCUCCAUUUUAUAAAUAGGGCAAAUGCUUUGUCAGUAACUGGUGCAUAGAAUGAAGAAAGAAAAUAAGAGUGAAGAAAAUA